UGAACUCGGGCACGUGUGCGUGUUCGUAGGUUCUCUCGCGCGCGCGAGUGUGCCUGUGCGUGUCAGAGCCGGCGGUGAGAAUGCACGUGUGAGUGCGCGCACGCGGGAACAUCUGGAGGGAGAAAGAACCGGGGUUAGCUUCUGGCUUUCUCUCUCUCUCUGUCCUCGGGUUUCUUUCUCAUUCCCUUUACGCUCCUCUCCCGUUUCACCCCACACACACAUACACCAUCCCUGAUUUGUGGUGCCUGGAGAAGGAUGAGGAGGGAGCUGCUCCCACUCAUGGAAAGCGGCUUUUCCCGAGGUUGGGGCGCUUGAGGUGGGAGGGCUGCGGGGCGGCUUCCGGGAGUCCGAGAGAGAGAGAGAAAGAGAGCGAGCCCCUGAAUGGGAGUGCUGGCUCGCCCCCCGCUGGCUUCCUCAUCUCCCUCUUCCUCGCCGUCGGCGGCUUUCCUGGCGGGGAGCGGCACCGCUGACUGAUCAGCACCAGGGACAGCUACCUGUCCGUCCCUGGGAUCAGCACCGGGGACAGCGCGCCUGGUUCAGCACCAGGGACAGCUCCUGGGGCUCCUCCUUGGCUUCCUCCUCUUGGCCUCUCCAGCCCGGGACGCAGAGCAUGGAGGGCGCCGGCUGGAACCUGAGCGAGCCCAACCCCAACAGCACCCAGCGGUGGUGCGGCAGCGGCCCCAACGGCAGCCUGGGGGGGCCCGGGGCCAUUCCCUGCGACCCCGGCAGCCCUUCCAUGGUCACCGCCAUCGUCAUCAUGGCCCUCUACUCCGUCGUCUGCGUGGUGGGACUCUUCGGCAACUUCUUGGUCAUGUAUGUCAUCGUCAGAUACACCAAAAUGAAGACAGCCACCAACAUCUAUAUUUUCAACCUUGCCCUGGCAGAUGCCUUAGCGACAAGCACACUGCCAUUCCAAAGUGUGAAUUACCUCUUGGGAACAUGGCCAUUUGGUACCACUAUUUGUAAGAUUGUUAUAUCUAUAGAUUACUAUAACAUGUUCACAAGCAUUUUCACCCUCUGCACAAUGAGCGUGGAUCGCUACAUAGCCGUUUGCCACCCAGUCAAGGCUCUGGAUUUCCGGACCCCCAAAAAUGCCAAAAUUGUCAAUGUCUGCAACUGGAUUGUUUCUUCAGCCAUUGGCAUUCCAGUUAUGGUGAUGGCAACUACAAAAGAGAGCCAAGGCUCGAUUGAUUGCACACUUACAUUCUCUCAUCCAGCAUGGUAUUGGGAGAACCUUCUGAAAAUCUGUGUUUUCCUCUUUGCCUUCAUCAUGCCUGUCUUAAUCAUUACCGUGUGCUAUGGACUCAUGAUUUUACGCCUGAAGAGUGUUCGAAUGCUCUCUGGCUCCAAGGAAAAGGACAGGAAUCUCCGACGAAUCACCAGGAUGGUCCUUGUGGUAGUGGCAGUCUUCAUCGUCUGCUGGACUCCCAUCCAUAUUUAUGUGAUAAUUAAAGCCCUGGUCCAUAUUCCUGAAACUACUUUCCAGACAGUCUCCUGGCAUGUCUGCAUUGCUUUGGGGUACACAAAUAGCUGCCUUAAUCCUGUCCUUUACGCAUUUCUAGAUGAGAACUUCAAAAGGUGUUUCAGAGAAUUCUGCAUCCCAACAGCUUCAACCAUUGAGCAGCAAAACUCCACUCGUGUUCGACAAAACACACGUGACCAUGCUUCCACUGCCAAUACAGUGGAUAGAACUAACCAGCAGUUGGAACUUCUGGACGCUGACACCACGCCACAGCUGUGACAGCCUCCCUUCCCCCUACUGUGUAGCAACCAAAGCCAGUGCUAUUGAGUGGCAGCACUGUUGGUAGCAGAAAAAUACAGGAGAUGGAUUGUUCCCCAUCUCUUGCUCAUCCCACCUCAAAGCAAAUGUCUGCCUAAAUAUAAAUAGCAUAAGAAUGGUUGCCUCAAAGGAAAUUCCCAUUGCACAUUACAGGAACACAGGACUUCAAAGUAGAUGAGAAUUUACUUCCACCUUAUAGUACACUAACUUAUAGUCCCCAAGAAUGUACCCAUUGCAAACACAAUAGUUCUGGGUUCAUGCCAAUUUUUCUUAAACAAUGUCUUAACUAUAAUAUGACAAAAAUUCAACUCACUACUCCCUAUCCUUUUAGAACCAAAAGGGAGAAAAUGAAGACAUGAGGGAAGAUUACAUGAAGGAGAUUAUUACUCAAUCGUGCAUCCUGUUAUUGGUAUUUAGGGGUUUACAUAAUCUAAGCAUAUGUCAUGUAGGAUUGUUAAUCAUACAAAUGCUUAUAGCAUAUCAUUCUUUUAUGGAUGGGAUGGUUUACAAGCCAGCCACAAAUAGCAAGACAAAUCAAAGCUACCUCUGAGAUUUUUUAAUGUAUUAGAUGAAAUUGAAGUCCUCCAUUUCACUGAAAACAAGAUUUCACCCAAAGAGUCUCUAUCCACAUUCUCUCUUGACUUGAAUAUUGGAAGAUCUGUCCCAUAUAAGUAUUUUAGCUACAAAAUUAUGAAAUGUUCAUUUAAGGCAGCCAGAAGAAAGUAAUGUGUAAACAAGAACAAGAAAUGUAUAUAUCUAAAACAGUGUUUCCCAACCUGUUGGCUGCAGUCCACUAGUGAACCAUGAGACUGACAAAAAGAGCCAUGGUUCUAGAUUAUCAAAUAUGUUUUUCUGUGGGUGAACAGAUGGAGACUACUGGAUGGCAUAUAUUCUGUAUCAGAAAAUCGAUAUGAUGUGAUCUAUCUAAUGCUAUUUUCUGAAUCAGCACCCCAAAUAACCAAACUGAAUCUAAAGUUGACCAAAAGCUGAUUCAAAGCUCUUUUGGUACUAAUGUUGGAGAAAGGUCCCUGGUCAAAGUGGUCCCUGGUCAAAAAAAGGUUGGGAACCACUGAUCUAAAACCAAGAAACAGUAAGUCAUGUAAAUACCAUUGCUGAUCUACACUGCUGCUAUUUUGAAAGUGAAAUACAUAGUGAUGUUCCAUUUCUAAAGGCCUCAUUUGUCCAACUUAACUUAAUUCAGAUAGCCUGGUGUGAUUUUUAAAUAACCUUUAUGUUUAAAUAAUACAGUAGUUGGUGUGUAUAUACUGUUACACCUAUUAAAUAAUCUCUGUGUGUUUGUCAUGUUUAUAAUUACAAAUGUAAAGUAGUUAAGCAUUUAUAAGCAUAAUUUAAAAAUGCAUUGCUUCUGCAGCAGGAAGUUACAUAUUUCUUCUAAACUGAGCAUAGUUUGGUAUACAUACACCAUGUAAGGUUUUCUGUCCCAUUAACCAUACUGUAUUUCGGCUUUAGAACACCUAAUGUAAUUGACAGCUUUAAAAAGCCUGCCCUGUCAAAACAGUCUUGUCUCUCGCAUAAGCAAUGAUAAUAAUCACAUAGAUAAUUUGUCAAUAUAUAAUAUUUUCUAUUUGUUGUUGACUGUAUGUUGUAAUUAAAUGGACAAAAAAAUGACCCAGGAAGCAAAAAGCAUGUAGAUGAAUGUGUUUGUUGUAAAGAAAAUCAUAGCCAAUCCUUUCUCAGAAAUUUCUACAACUGCAUUUUCUUUGCUGCUUUUUUGCUCAAUUAUGUAAGCAGCAUCUAUUGUUAAAGAUAUCACGCCUCUGUAAAGAAAUCCACUCCCUAUCUUGAGUAAAAAGCUAAUGUUCAAUUAUUUAUGUAAGAUCAAUUUACAUUAGCUCUUUGUAUCUAUGUGUACAGGGGUAUGUAAAAAUGUCUAUGAAAAAGUGCCUUAUUUCUCUCAUGCAUCAUAAUUUCCUUUUGAAAUCGGGGGGGGGGG